CCAGACUGGGAGUCAGUGGCACAUGAUCCCCUGUGGUAGAGAGACCCUAACUAACAGAGGGCAAUGCCAGAGCCAGCAGAGAGUACCGACAAGCCCUUUGUGGCCCAGUUGUCCAAUGUUUACCUCAGCAUCUUGGCACUGUUCUGCUUCAAACUCUUUGUGAAGAUAAGCCUGAACUUGCUCACCUACUUCUACGUCAUCCGUGGGAACAGAAAGGAGGCUGCCAGGAUAUCUGCAGAGUUCUAUGACUAUGGUCAACGACAGGGGUCCUGGGCCGACCGGUCUCCUCUACAUGACGCAGCCAGCCAAGGCCGACUCCUUGUCCUCAGGAACCUCAUUUUACAGGGCCACAAUGUUAACGUGCUUACCAUAGACCAUGUGAGCCCCCUUCAUGAUGCUUGUCUGGGCAACCAUGUAGCCUGCGCCAGGCUCCUCAUCGAAUCAGGAGCCAAUGUGAACGUCACCACCAUAGACGGGAGGACGCCCCUGUUCAACGCGUGCUUCGUGGGCAGUGUGAGCUGCACAGACUUGCUCCUGGAGAGGGGGGCUAAGCCACAGGCUCCGCUGUUUCAGCCCUCGCCCAUCCACGAAGCCACCAGCAGAGGCCACAGCAAGUGUGUGGAGGCUCUGGUGGCGUGGGGAGCGGAUGUGGACAUGGACAUUCCUCACCUGGGCACGCCGCUCUACACCGCCUGCGUCUUUCAGGAGCUGGAGUGUUCCAGGAUGCUUCUGAGGGAAGGAGCCCAUGUCCAGAGAGGUAAGUACCUGGAGACGCCCCUACACGCUGCUGCCCAGAAUGACUGCACAGCCAUGGUGAAGAUGCUGCUGGAUUUUGGGGCUGACAUCAAUGCCAGGAACCUGGAGUUCCAGAGGCCGGUGGAUGUAUCUCCUCCUGGCAGCCACACAGAGAGGUUCCUGAUGCUCUACGAGGUCACGCCUCGCCUGCUCAGCCAGCUCUGCCGCCAGUGCAUCCGAGAGAGUGUCGGCCGUGAUCGGUUCCACCUGAUCUGCCUACUGCCUCUGCCCAGUCCAGUCAAAAACUAUCUGCAGUACAGAUAACGCACCAGCACAGAAAAAUAAGCAUCGUUUUCUGUUUUCGACUGACGGACACUUGAAUAAAUAAUUUGAGUUUUUGUGCAGUUGACCGAAACACUGUAUUAGGGUUGGAAUUAAUUGUCUAUAUGCACACGACAGUGAAACGUAUUUAAAGGGGGAAAUAGGCCAGGUAUAGAACUUCCAACGAAGUUAGAAACGUGACUUGUGCAUGUUGCAUAACCCGGGCCGACAAUUUCCGGUAGCUAGCAGUUGCGUUAGUUCUUUCACACAAAAUGGCGUUUGAGGAGUUUGGUUGAUCUUCUCAAAAUGACCGAGUUUGGUUGAUCUUCUCAAAAUGACCGAUGUUCAAAGGAUUCUAUGUUGCUGCCCUUUUAGCAAGAGGGAAAAGGGGUUCAAAUUGUACAUUUUGAGCUACGUCGACAAUUACAAAGGUAAGAAUUAAGAUAUUUAUUAACUCACACAGUAAAAGUAGCUAGCUAGCUAUGUGAUUUUAGCGGUAACAUUAGAGCUAGCUAGGCUGGAUAGUUAGCCAUUUUUAGCUACAUGAUAAUGGAAUCAAUUAUCUGAUUGUCAGCUUGCUUGCUAGUCAUUAAUGUUAACAGAUAAAUAAUUGGUUGGUCAUAUGUAUUCCCUAUGGAUAAUGUAACAUUUGGAUUUCUAACAAAAAUCUGGAAACGGGAGCGAUCUCAAUGUUGGAGAAGCCGCACAAUCUGUAGGGUUCUAGACCUGCCUAUUUAUUUCCGGGGAAUAAGUAGCUAUCACUGUCGUGUGCAUAUAGCCAAUUGCUUUCAGAUAGGUGUUUUUAUUAAUAAGGCAUAAUGCAGUGCUGUGAUGAUAUGUUUCUGCAUUCUGGGACUGGCCAUUAAGGACAGUAUUUGAUGAAAUAGAGUGCAACAGUUAAAUGGUUCAUAUGUUUAUGUAUGUGUACACAUGCUUUCAUAGACAACACACCACCGUUUUGAAAACUGCUGCACGGUGUGGUCACAACAUAGGGUGUCCUGGAUUUACCAGUAAACCGCUUAAGAACA